AUGGAGCUCCAAGACACUCGUGAGAUCGAUGAGCGCGAGGAGGAACAACCACAACCCACCCUCCCACCAACAGACACAGGCCACCAAGCCUACCUCCUCCUCGCCGGCUGCUUCAUCAUCAACGUACUCAUCUGGGGCUUCGCCUUUUCCUUCGGCGUCCUGCAAGAAUACUACACUAGCCAUGAGCCGUUCGCCUCUCAACGCGCCGGCAUUGCGACCAUCGGCACCGUCGCGACAGGACUCAUGUACCUGCUUAUGCCGAUCUACUUCUCCGCCUUGCAGAGAUGGCCGCGUCUGAAGCGGAUUAGUACUUGGGCGAGCCUGCCGAUUGUCGCUGGAUCUUUGGUGGGAGCGUCGUUCGCGCAGACGGUUGGGCAGCUGAUCGCGACUCAGGGCGUGCUGUUCGCCAUCGGUGGGAAUCUUCUGUUUGCGCCGACCGUGACGUAUCUUGAUGAGUGGUUUUUAAGGCGGAAGGGGUUGGCUAUUGGGAUUAUGUGGGCUGGCGAUGGAGCUGGUGGUGUCGUAAUGCCUUUAGUAUUGCAGGAACUGCUCGCCCGAUACGGCUUCAGGACAACGCUACGAGCAGUGGCAGUGGCCAUGGUGGUGUUGAUGGCUCCUCUGCUGGCUUUUGUCAAACCGCGGCUGCCCAUACCAGCAGCAUCGGCCCAGCGUCGGAUCGAUGUGUCGUUCCUCCGCUCUCCACUGUUCUGGGUACUGCAAACGUUCAACGUCGUUCAAGGCACCGGCUACUUCCUGCCAUCGAACUAUCUGCCCACCUAUGCGCAGUCGCUCGGCCUCAGCAGUCGCUUGGGCUCACUGACAUUGGUACUGGUCAACCUCGCAGCGAUGCUUGGUUGUAUCUUAGUCGGCGCUCUUGUAGACCGGAUGGAAAUCACCAAAGUCCUGGUGGGAAUCAGCAUCGCUGCCACAACCUCGAUCUUACUAGUCUGGGGUUUCUCGAAUUCCUUCGCAGUCCUCUCCAUCUUCGCCUUGCUAUAUGGUGCAAGUGCAGGCGCCUACUCUACGGCCUGGACUGGCAUGAUUAAGGAUAUCAGGAGAGGGAGUAUGACCGCCGAUGCAAACGUGAUCUUUGGCUUCCUGGCAGCUGGACGUGGGCUAGGCGCGACCGUCUCUGGUCCACUCAGCGAAGCGCUGAUCGCAGGUGGCACCGCAUUGCAUGAUGAUGAUCGAUUCGCCUACGGGAGUGAGUACGGCACGCUGAUAAUAUUCUCUGGCUGUACGGCUUUGGUGGGGGGUUUCAGCUGGGUUGUACGAAGGCUUGGGUUGAUUUGA